UAUGACUAGAAAUUUUUACAUGAUUCGCUAAAAGAAGAAAGGCAAUUUAAAAAAAAAUGUGAGAAGCUACGUUUACGAAGAUUUACAGCCCCGAGAACGUACAAUGUUCAUCGGCAAUAUUUCGAAUGCGCAAGCAAGCGAGUAUUGUACAGCGCGCGCGCACGUUUUAGUUCGACGCGUUUGCGCUAAAACUUUGCCUAGACUUCUGAUCAAUUGCUUUUUUAUAGAACUGAAUAUAAUCAAAAAGCAUUUGCGUACAUAGUUUAGAGUAGCGAUGUAUUAAAAAUUAAUAUCGCCGGGAGUAUCCUAUCGUCCAUGUUCCUUUCCUGGUCUAUCAUAAGUGCGAUACCCGAUUCUCACCUCUGCACACGCAAAUCAGUCCACCCGCAAAAAUCAUCAAGCAACGGCAGCCAUCUUUACUGGCUCCGAAACGGGCUGUGGUUUGUGACAGAGAGACGGUAGUGGUUCUUCAUGCGGUUCACGAGAUCAUCUCGUCGCCUAUGCACUCUACGGGAUAUCGGUAAUCAUUCUUAAGUGUGACUAAUUAGAAGAACUAAGGAACUUGUGUCACGAAUACGAACUACCGAAAUAUGGCAAUGGAGACGCCGAGGGAGCGUGAGAUUGCCGCGGAGGACAGUAUUAAGGUAGUUUGUAGGUUUCGACCGUUGAACGACUCUGAGGAAAAGGCUGGCUCGAAGUUCAUCGUCAAAUUCCCUUCCGGCGGUGACGAAAAUUGCAUUUCCAUCGGGGGAAAGGUAUACCUUUUUGACAAAGUAUUUAAACCGAAUGCUACUCAAGACAAAGUAUACAAUGAAGCAGCCAGAUCAAUUGUCACAGAUGUAUUGGCAGGAUACAACGGCACUAUUUUUGCGUAUGGUCAAACAUCAUCAGGAAAAACACACACAAUGGAGGGUGUUAUUGGAGAUCCAAAUAAACAGGGUAUUAUACCCAGAAUUGUUAAUGAUAUUUUUAAUCAUAUCUAUGGUAUGGAAGAAAAUCUGGAAUUCCAUAUUAAGGUAUCAUACUUUGAAAUUUACAUGGAUAAAAUCAGAGAUCUUCUUGAUGUGUCUAAGGUGAAUCUAAGUGUACACGAAGAUAAAAAUCGAGUUCCGUUUGUAAAAGGUGCGACAGAGCGCUUUGUAUCUAGUCCCGAAGAAGUGUUUGAAGUAAUAGAAGAAGGAAAGUCAAAUAGGCAUAUUGCUGUGACUAACAUGAACGAGCACAGUUCGCGUUCACAUUCUGUAUUUCUAAUAAAUGUUAAACAAGAGAAUUUAGAGAAUCAGAAAAAGCUUUCCGGAAAAUUAUAUCUUGUUGAUUUGGCUGGUUCAGAAAAGGUUUCCAAAACUGGAGCAGAGGGCACUGUGCUCGAUGAAGCAAAAAAUAUUAACAAAUCUCUGUCGGCACUCGGCAAUGUAAUUUCAGCUUUAGCCGAUGGAAAUAAAACUCACAUUCCUUAUCGUGAUUCAAAGUUAACUAGAAUUCUACAAGAAUCCCUUGGUGGCAAUGCUAGAACAACAAUUAUUAUUUGUUGUUCGCCAGCUAGUUUCAAUGAAUCUGAAACGAAAUCCACUUUAGAUUUUGGUAAACGCGCUAAGACUAUUAAGAAUGUUGUGUGUGUCAAUGAGGAAUUGACGGCCGAAGAAUGGAAACGCCGUUAUGAGAGGGAAAAAGAAAAGGCAGCUAGAUUGAAAGGAAAAGUUGAAAAAUUGGAGGCUGAAUUAUCACGUUGGCGACAGGGUGAAACAGUUAAACCUGAAGAACAAGUUAAUUUGGUGGAAGCGCCAGAUGUUACAACACCAAUUAAUAUGUCCAUUGAGGGUAAUGGUAAAAUUGACGAUGGUCCGAUGCCAGCCACUCCUGGUGGUAGUCUGAUGGCUGGUUCCUUGUCGAAUGAAGAAAGACAAAAACUGGAAGAGGAACGUGAAAGACUUUAUCAGCAAUUAGAUGACAAAGACGAGGAAAUUAAUCAACAAUCACAAUACGUCGAGAACUUGAAGGAACAAAUAGACGAACAAGCAGAAUUAAUCGCAACUGCAGGACGGGAAUACGAAAAACUUCAACAAGAAAUGAAUCGAAUACAACAAGAACACGAAAAUGCUAAAGAGGAAGUUAAAGAAGUUUUACAAGCACUGGAAGAGUUGGCUGUUAAUUAUGACCAGAAAUCUCAAGAGGUUGAAAUGAAGAACAAGGAGUUAGAAUCUUUGACGGAAGAACUUUUGGCGAAGCAGGCAGCAUUGAAUAGCACUACAUCCGAAUUACAGCAAUUACGGGACACGUCUGCUCAUCAAAGAAAACGCAUCGCUGAAAUGUUAGCGAACUUCUUGAAAGAUUUAGGCGAAAUCGGAGUUGCCAUUGGCGGCGACGAAAACUUAAAGGUUGCGCAAGAAAGUAACGGUAAACUCGAAGAAGAAUUCACGGUAGCUAGGCUUUUCAUUAGCAAAAUGAAAUCAGAGGUGAAGAAUUUAGUACAACGUUGCCAAGGAUUAGAAAGUUUCCAAGUAGACUGUAACAAGAAAGUUGCUGAAUAUGAAAAAGAUCUCGCCGAAUGCCGUUUAUUAAUUUCACAACACGAAGCUCGCAUGCAAACGCUAACAGAAUCAAUGAAAGUGGCGGAAGCACGCAAACGUGCUUUGGAAGAAGAUGUUGAUGCUUUACGCGAAGAAUGUGCCAAGCUAAAGGCUGCGGAACAAGUACAGGCAGUUACCAACAAAGAAAAAGCAGAAGAGAAGGAAGCAGCAACAAAAAUGAGAGUGGCACUGGAAGAACAAAUGGAUCAAUUGCGAGAUGCUCAUCAGAAACAAGUCGCUGCGCUUAGAGAUGAAUUAUCUGAGAAGCAAGAUCUGAUCAGCGAACUUAAAGACUUGAAUCAGAAGUUUACGUUAGCUCAUCAACAAAUGCAGGCCGAUUAUGAACGUUUGAAACAAGAAGAAGCAAACAAGUCUGUUAAGCUGCAAGAACUUAUUUUACUUAAUGAACGCCGUGAACAAGCUCGAAAAGAUCUCAAAGGUCUGGAGGAAACAGUAGCCAAAGAACUUCAAACACUGCACAAUUUACGCAAACUAUUCGUUCAAGAUCUACAGACUAGAAUAAAGAAGACGAUCAAUGCGGAAGAUAACGAAGACGACGGUGGAUCACUUACUCAGAAACAGAAGAUUUCAUUCCUUGAAAAUAAUUUGGAUCAGCUCACAAAGGUUCACAAACAACUUGUAAGGGACAAUGCUGAUCUUCGAUGCGAAUUACCGAAACUUGAAAAGAGAUUGCGCGCUACAAUGGAACGUGUAAAAGCCCUCGAAACAGCAUUGCGAGAUGCCAAAGAAGGUGCAAUGCGAGAUCGCAAACGCUACCAAUACGAGGUAGACAGAAUCAAAGAAGCUGUUAGGCAAAAGAAUUUGGCCCGUCGUGGACCUAGUGCACAGAUUGCUAAGCCAAUCAGAGCUGGUCAACAUCAUUUAACUAAUGUUAACGCUAUUAGAACAGUGAAUCGUGAUAUGGGUAACAACGUACAGUGAUCGUGAGCAUAAUGCCAAACCCUUCACUUUUACAGAAAACGAACGCAAGAACGCUUUCAUCAAUGAAAACAAAAGAGUUCCAGAGACUCUGAUUUGUAGUGGAUACACAUAAAUGUUACAAUUAUAUAGUAAGGGUAAUAGACGUAAUAUAUCCGCAAGGAGCACCGCCAGUUCUUUUUAUUUGUUUCGAAUCAAGCAUGUGCUUAGGUAUAUUCAUAUAAGUGCAUUAAGUUAUGAAAUUAAUGCUGCAUGUCCUAUCGAUUUGUAAAUAGUUAAUUUUAUAAAUUAUUUAAUUUAAUAUCAUGCACGAUAAAUAAAGGUGAAUGUCUAUCAAAUAAUCAUGCAAAGGCCUCACGUAAUAAUGUUGUACCAUUUAUUUCUAUAAAAGUAUUUUGUACACUAUGUUCCACGUAUCAAAUGUUUAAACAGCUUUUCAAAAAAAGAAAUAUGUUACAUUAAUUACAAGGUAGAAAAGUAAUUCUUCAAAGUGACUAAAGACGAUUUCUUUGACUUGUCUAUAGUAGUCUGAUUAAAUCUGCUAUCGGCAUUAAUAAUUUGCGAACGAACGAGGCAGUACUAUUUAAGAUUUGGUAGGUAUCGCUAACGUAAAAUGCGAUUGGACAUGUGGCUUCGAAAAAGAAAAAAAAGUUGUAGGAAUGAUCGUGGCUUAUAAGUAUUUAUAAUUGUAAGAAUUCUCUCCAUUGCUAUUAACGGAUUCGCGACAAACAAACUUUUCCGGACCUUUACAGAAAGCUCGCUUAACCAGUAGUUAAGUUUGUUGGCUAUUCUAAUUAUUAAGGGUCCAAGAACCAAUGGCUUUAUGAGAAAACGUUUUUCGACAGAACAAUUUCACCCCUAUCUUCCUUCACGUUUAUUUUAUUAAUAAUAGUCUAAUUUUCAUUGCAUCGAUCUUUAUAUAAUCAUCUAAUUUAAAUUAAUUUAUUAUCGCUUAUUCUUGUUUAUAUCAGAGGCUUUUAUACUACACUUACAAUUUACAGACCGACGAAAGUUGGUCUGUUGUAAGUUCUUUGUUUUAGGUGAACGAAUUAGUUUACAAUUCUCUUCAUGGCGAGCUUAUGCUCGGAAGUUACCUAGAUGUAUAUUGUACAUCUAAUUGAGAGCUAUUGCACAGGUCUGCUUAAGUUCCUAAAACCUGUUGUAGGCCACUGAAAAUUUAUUCACGCAUAUUUCUUUUCCAUUAAUUGUAAUAGUUGAAUACACAUUUUUCUUCAAUUUUUUUUUUUUUUUUAUAGCAAACUUUAAUCUUUAAUUCUAUUUGUCGAUAAUUAAUGCUUUUCGAUAUAUACUUUUUACAUCCUUUUCGUAAUUACUUUAUUUAUGGUUCUCUUAGAAAUUUAUGAGCCACACGUACUUGAUGUAUUGUCUAGAACAAGAGAAUUCUAAAUAUUAUUAAUUUAAGAUAUAGGUUUUUGUAAACUGUGCGCAACAAAAUACCUGUUUGCUUUCUGAUACACUGGAAUCUUGUUACGCUCAGAUCGUUUAUGGUAUGUAGGCAAAAAGGAUUAACAUUUUCUUUAUGAAUCAUUCUCUUUUGUUGUUAACAACGAAAGAAAUCAUGUUUCCAUACGAGAUCAUUUUUGUCAUCUUCCGUUUUUUAACUUUUGUGAUAUCGAGGUUGAAAUUGUGUUUGCUAUGAUGCAAAGACAAGUGCGUGGUGCAUAAUGAGUGCAAUUAUUAUUGAAAUAUUCUUGUCCAAUGUAUGUAAAUAUAAUCGUACCCCAUUACAUUAGUUUGGCAAAUCAAGAAAACUAUCUUUGCAAAACGCCCUACACGUAAAAGGCUACAAAUACAUGUAUUUAUCGCAAAAUACACUUAAUAUUAGUAUUUCAAAGCCUUAAAAAUUUUCAAAAUAUUAUCAUACAAUAAUGUAUUUUCAUUCUAUCGUGCAAAUAAGGUGUCGAUGUAUCUGCUGAAUUAUGAAGCGUGGUUCAAUAAUAUUUUGUUAAGUUAUUUAAUUGUAAAGCCUAGCUAAACUUUUCAGUUAUGAAUUUUGGGCAUCAACCGUUUUUUCCUUAUUAAAUAACAUUUAUUUUUAUAGAAUAUUGUAAAGACAUUAUUGAUUUUUUUGAUAUGGGUGAACAAUUUCUAAAGUGAUGGUAGUCAUUUGAGUAUGUAAAUCAAAGCUUGGAACGUACUAAAUUAAUUCAAAUUAUACAAAUUUUCUUUUUUUUUUUUGUUACAUACAUAUGUAUUUAUUAUUUUUUUACUUCAUAAUUUUGUAUGAUUUGUGUAAUUUAAAACAGGUAAUGGAGCUUAAAAAAAUACACCGAAUUUUAUUGUAUAAAAAAUUCCUAAAUAAUCAGAUGCUCGUCAAGAAAAUCUUUUUAAUCGAAAGUUCUCGAUAUGCUAUGCAUGAAAGAAAAAACAAACCAGAGAAUACCAGAGUUAUUAUUAUUUUCUUAAUACCUCAAACGUGUUUAAAAUUAUAAUAAAGAAAAAGUAGUUAUCUUGUAAUGGUAUAUUCACACAAGAAGACAAGAAUUACUGUUAAAGACGAGGUUGAUCUAUAACUGCUGCCGUUUUUUUGUAAACUGUAUGAAAUAUGCGGAUGUGAAGGAAAUAAAUAAGUUGACAGAUGUA